ACUCAGAUUUCUACAAUUUUCUGCCUAUAGUAGAAAACCCUAAUUAAAAAUUACCCCCAAUAAGUUUUGUUUUGAAUAAUAUCAUAUGCAGUUGAUGUUUUGCAAAAUAUUGGAUUGGGUUUAUGAACUGAUUGUCUUUUGAUGUAGUAUUGUAAGUGACCUGUGUUUGUCAUGGAUUUGGAAUUAGAUGAAACAUGAAGCUUAUAUAUAUAUAGCUAUUAUCUUUAUACGAGACAUUCUGUAUGAAUCUGGAGGGUUUGGUUGUUUUUCAAGAUUAUGGUGUUUUGAUGCAAUCGUUUGGAAACUGAUAGAUAAUGUCUUUUCUUUUUGCUAUGUUGAUUUUGAUGUAAUUUUCAGUAUUGUCCACUAUAACAAGUUAUAUCUGAGUGAUUUCUUACUUCGUUUGGAAAUAAAGCUCUAUUCUUUUUUCCAAUGUUCUUCUUUUGUGAACUUAAGUUAUUUUCGUAGCUAUAUUCUUGUGCAGUCUCUAAUUCCUGUCUUUUUUAGUUACAGAUUUAGUGAAAACAACAUUAGAUUUAUGUAUUACUAAUUCAGGGGUGUGUUUAAGGUGUUGGUUCCUCCACUUGUUCUGUUUAUUUUGCCUCUUGUGCUGUAAAUUGUGUUUCGAUUCUGUCCAUUUGUGUCUUAACCAGUUAGUGCAGUGUCUUUUUGAUGCAUCUAGAUUCUGGUUAUGUACUUGAUGCUUAGAAUUAUGUAAUUGUGAGGGUGUCUUUAUCUAUCAAUUUCAGUUACACUCAUUCUUUUGGUUUUUCUUCCAUUUAUAUUCUGCCUUUGUGAUAUUUUAACUAAACCUGGUAUGAUUUCAUCACUGUAAUUUUUAUUUUUUUUAUUGUUUUUUCUUAUCCUAAUUAUAUAUUCACUAUGAAAUAUAAUUUUGUUAUCUUACUGACAUUGGACAUGUUCAAUUGAACAUAUUAUGUAUUUUGAUUUGUUGUUAUAUGUGUAAAUGAUAGAAAUUUUGGGCGCAAACAGUAAAAUCUGGGAUUUUAGCUACUUAUCAUGUUUUUGCCACUCAUUUUUCGUGCACUACAUUUAACAAUGCUGAUGCUACUUUAUUCCAUUUAUAUUCAGAAACUCAACUUUUUGUUAUUAGCAAUUGAGGAAAGGAAAGUUUAAUGUUAUUUAGUUAUAUACUAUGUUGUGUUUUAGAAACCAUUCUUGAUGACAGGAUAUCUAUAAAACGGGAAAUGAAUCCUUUCACAUAAAUUGUCUGUACUAGUGAUAUCAGAUUCUAAGAGUGACAAAACUUGAGUUGUUUGUGCUCGUGCCCUUAUCUCAUUUGCUGCCAUUUCUUUUAGUUUAUUACUACUCUUUUGCUGAUAUACACAUGUAUCCAAGCACUGCUUAAUCUCGUGAAUUUGGUGGCACAAGUUGUCAAUGAUGUUGUCUAGUACUAGUAAGUAGUAUAUGUGUGUCCAUUGUGAAAGCUAUUUUUUAGGUGUCAUUUAAUUAAUUCUCUCUAUUGCAUUUGCAUUCAUACACACUUCAAGUGUACAUUGUAAUAUAUCAUGCGACACUUCAUAUAUCAAAUAUACGCAAGUCGUGAUGCUUUUCUUGAUUUGUAUGAAAUGAAUAUGUCAACUAUUGUAUGAAAAAAUGGUUGAACAUGUUUAGGAGCGAAAUUGGCCUCCAAAAGUGAAGUAGAAAGCGAAGAGAAGCUAAACAAAAAAGAAAAGAAAAGAAAGUGAGAGCCUGCUCAUCGUUAAAGAAUUGGAAUGGAUUUCAACACCCCAAUACGAUCCAACACCACGCCCCUCUCCAAUCCAGUCUUCAAAUCUAAACUCAUUUUCUUAAACGAAUGGUGGCUCAUGAAGCCUCAAAACCAGUGCAAGGGUUUAGCUCUUGCUGGCAUUGCUUCAAUGGAGAGAGAAAGAAUGUUUCUAUCUUCUGUGAUUGUAAAGAGACAUGAACCCAAUGUUGUAGAGACUGAAGAUGGCAUCACAAUAAUCUUCCGUGGUUUUAUUAACUCCUCUCGUACAUCUCAAAAUGGAUUUCCCUCCGAUGUAUGUCGCCGGUUCUCAGUUGGAUUUCCACACAAUUGGAAAAAUUAUUUUGUUCAUAGUUCAGGAAAUGAAUGUAUUGAUGUGGAUAAAGUUACCGGUUUUGAUGACUCAAAUGCUUCUUCCCACAAAAAAACAGCUGAAGAGACUUCACAGGAAGUUAUGGAAGCUGAAGAUAACGGAAAUAUUGUGAGUAUUAGGUUGCCUCAACCGCAGGUUGGCAUGGUUGAUAAUGGUGAAAAUGUAGUCUCAGAUGUUAACGACUUACAUGCUUCUUCCCACCUAAAAACAGCUGAUGUGGCUUCGCAUGAAGCUAUGGAAGCCGAAGAUAAAGACAAUAUUGCGAGUCUUAGGUUGUCUCAACCGCUGGUCAACGUGGGUUAUAAUGGUGAAAAUAGAGUCUCGGAUGUAGAUGACUUGAAUGCUUCUUGCCACAAAAACACAGCUCAUGUGAUUUCACAUGAACCUAUGGUAGCUGAAGCUAACGUCAAUAUCGGGAGUCUUAGGUUAUCUCAACCGCAGGUUGAUUUGAUUAAUAAUGGUGAAAACGGAGUCUCAAUUGUUGCAGCAGCUGAAAGUAGACAAUCUUUGAUGAGGGUGUUUGAAUUUGAUCCUAUUCAUGAGCAAAGCAAUGUUAGGUCUCCACUUAACCCAAAGAAAUUGGAAUUUGAACAGUUAUCAAGUGACCGCAAGGAGAAAAAACGUAUCAAGAAGAAGAUUGUAGAGGAUACAAGUAGUUUGUGUAAAAAGGUGCUGACAAGAAGCAUUGCCAAAAAAAGUCACAUGAUGCGUAAAAGGGAUGUGAAAGCUGAAGUAAAAUGUUCUAGUAGUCCUGUUAGAAGAUCUCCCAGGGUACUUAAUUAUGGAAAAAAAAAUUAGCUAUUUGGAUUUUUUUGAAGAUAUAUAGGUGUAGUUGGCAUAGGAUUUGGGGUCCUUUGGAAUUUUCAAAUUGGUGCCUCAGGAAGCAUAUAUUCUAUAAGUUUUAGAGU